CGCCUGGCCCAUCAUCUUCAGUAAAAGCACCUGAACCUUCAGCACGCUGCACAGCUGUUCGGCGUCCAGCAGCCCCGUGCGGUAUGUGACACUUCUGGUUAGAGGCGCACACUCGACGCAGGCUUCUUUCCUGGGCCCUGGAAGCAGCGGGAGACUCUGCUUCUCCGGGAUGAAGGAAAAUUAAAAGCCCCCACCCCCCUCCACCCCUCUCAGCCAAACCAGUGGCCUUUCACAGAUUUCCUCUUUUUAAGCAAGGGAAGGUUUGUUCCCCUCCCUUACAUUUCUUAGAGAUACUCGUUACCAAGCAAUUAACAACCAUUACCACGGAAGCAACUUGUCAGAGCCGCUCAGGGGAAAUGGAGACCUUUGGCGGAGCUACACGUUAGGAAAUAUUCGGGGUCAGGUCAGGGGCUCAAACCCCCUCUCUUCAGAUGUUGGCUCCCACACACUUUACUUGAGGCCGGUGGAAAAAAGAAAGACCACAGGGCCUCCACAAACACACACAGCAUGCCGGCCACUAAUUCUUGACAGAAAGGACCCCUACUGACCUGAUAAAAUCUAAACAUGGUUUCUUGCUUGAUAACGAGUCACAUGAUUUCAACAUUAAAGGAGAAUGCUGCUGACAAGGGAAUCAGAGUGAGUUCUUCACCCCCUGGGUGAUUUAAGCAAUGCAUACAAAUAAUGGGUAACUUUGCCGAAAGAAACUAAUUUUAAGUUUAUAAACUAGGAACAUUAUGGAACCAUAUGGAAUGAAAAGUGUAAUUGUCUUUUUGCAUUAGCAGGUUCAUGAGAUCUCAUCACGACGCGGCGCCACAGAAGAAGAUGCUCACGGGGACGCUCACGCGAGAUGAGCCAUAACAGACAGAGUAAUAAUUAAAACGUGUCCGGGAAUGAGUGACACAGGACCGGACGUAUAUCUAGACUAAAACCUGCGGGUCUAUGCGUGUAGUAACGGCUUGAUACAGUUCCCUACAGUCGUGGUGCGUGACGUUGUUCUGUUUGUUGAUGUGAAUCCACACGAACAGGCAUGGCGGGCAAAGAGCGCGCGGCCGGUGCGCGUGAGCAGCAGACAUCUGUGACUGAUGGUAAAAUAAUCACAUCCUUUCAGACUCACGUUUAGCCUUGUUUAGCCUUUUUGACGUUCAAUGGAAACCGGCCAGCAAGAGCAGUUUGCUGAAAUCGAUAAACUGCGCGAUGAAUUGUUGACAAACAUAAAAUGUGACGUCGAACCACCAAAACAACUCGACAGUCGAGAAGUUUUGACACGAAUAGAAAAUGUGAUUCUUGGAAUGGUCGCCACGCUGUCCAAGGACGAGGCCCCCGUCCUGGUGCUGCCCAGCAGGUCCGACUGGGCCAAUGUGAGUUUCGACAGUGCAGUUGGUCUGCAAAUGAUCGCAGGAAGCUCAGUCACCACUGUUCGGAGCGACUGCCCUUUGUCUGUCAAAAAGUUUGCACAAAUCUUUAAGAUUCUCUCUAUCAUCUAUAAACUUGUGCAGAGCAACUCAUACGCCACAAAGAGGGACAUAUAUUACAACGACACCCAGCUCUUUGGCUAUCAGAGGGCAGUGGACUGUAUUGUGGACGACAUCUCCUGCAUGCUCCAGGUUCCACGCAGGACACUACAUGUGUUGGCCACAUCCAAAGGCUUCCUCUGUGGUGAUCUGAGUUACCUGGAAGGCGAUGGUUCCCGGGUCAACUGCCUCUCCAGCUCUGCUGCUGUCCCUGUGUCUUCCAAUGUUGCCGGAAUUAAAAAUAUUGUGUCUUCUGCCAAGUUUGUCCUCAUUGUGGAGAAAGAUGCCACGUUCCAGAGAUUGAUUGACGAUGACUUCUGCUCAAAGCUCUGCCCUUGUAUCAUGAUCACAGGUAAAGGGUUCCCAGAUGUAAACAGCAGGCUGAUGGUGAGGAAGCUUUGGGACACUCUGCAGAUCCCCAUCUUUGCCCUGGUGGACGCUGACCCUCAUGGCAUUGAGAUUAUGUGCAUCUACAAGUACGGAUCGGUGGCAAUGUCGUUUGAGGCCCACAGUUUGACUGUCCCUAGCGUGAGGUGGAUGGGCCUCCUCCCCUCUGACCUCCAGAGGCUAAGAGUCCCUCAGGACAUGCUGAUCCCACUCACCCAGAGAGAUGAGAGCAAGCUCCACAGCCUCCUCAGAAGACCCUACCUCGCCAGCCAACCGUCCUGGCAGAAAGAGAUGGACCUGAUGCGACAGAACAAAGUAAAAGCUGAGAUCCAGUCUCUCUCUGCUAUUGGCCCUGACUUCCUCUCCAAAGUCUACCUCCCCAACAAGCUGCGCUAUGGGGGCUGGAUAUGAGGGCAAUGCUGCCAUCUACUGGCUGACUUCAUUAUGUAGUUGGUCCACCAAAGCAUACAUUCAUUUCAUAAUGCUAACAUGUUGAACUAGAAGCCAUUACACAUACAGAAAACGAAAGAAAUUAAAGAAUAAAAAUAUAUUACUACUGCUGAUACUAGUAUUUAUAUAAAUAUUUUUGAUUAAGUAAAUUAAAAAGCCAAGAUAUGUUAUAUUCCGCUUUAUUUAUUGGCAACAGGUGGCGACAUUGAAACUGUCUUACAGUGUUUAUAGCAGUUAAGGUCAGUUUUCGGAAUUUUGUCCUGAGGACUCAUGGCAGGUGUGUAGUAUAAGGAAUAUCCAACAAAUGUAAUUUUAAAAUACAUUUUCAGGACUUGAGGAAAAAACAUGUGAGAAUUUCAAAAGGCAGGAUAGGUAGACAUGUGAAAUACUGGCGGGGUGAUAUUGACACGCAAAGCCAGUGUUCUAUCUCCUUGUCUGAAUUAGCUUUCCCUGUAUUUAAAAUGAACACAUACGGAAAUAAUUUAUUCAGUCACAAACUCGUACCAUGUCUUAACUGCAUUAUUUUUAAAACAUCAAAUAAAUCGAACAAGAAAAUC